UAUACAGUUACAUGUACAGGUACAGGUACAGGUUCUUUGAUUAAUGGUACAAUUAAAGGUAAUUACAAGUUAACUUCGAACGAGUUAAGAGGAACAGUAACUUUUAUUAUGCAUGUUUCAGAAUAAACCAGUGAAAUUAUCCCCUAAUAAUCGUUGUAAUUCCCAGCAUGGGGAAAGGGAGAAACAGAAGAAAGGCAAAAAAGCCCAGGCAAAAGAAGUUAUUUGCUGGUGCUAAUAAAGAGGAAAAAUUAAAAUUAGUUCAUUGGAACAUUAAUGGAAUAUUGAGAGAUUCCAAGCUCGAACAUCUAGUUGAAAUACUCAACGAAGAGAGCAUAGGAAUAUGUUUUCUUAAUGAAACGUUAUUGGUACAUGGUACAAAUGAUGACCUGUCUAGUCUUGAUUCAUUCAUUGUUUACUCCAAAGAGCGUCCAUUUGGAUCAAAAAUGGGGGGAGGUCUGAUGACCAUCAUUAACCCAAGCAUCAACCAUUCCCGGUGGGAGCCCGGGUUAGUUAUGCAUCCGUACCUAGAUGCUGAAUGGUCUUGGUUAUUGGUGCAUGAAGGGGGACGAAACGUGGCUGUAUGCUCUAUAUACUGUGCAGCUGAAGUGCAUGGGAGCUCUUAUGAUUCAUGGAAUUUUGACUUACAUGCAAUGGUUUCAGCUGAAAUGGGCACUAUUAGAAAUGAGGGGUAUGAGUGCUUGAUUAUAGGGGAUUUUAAUGGCCACAUUGGAUGUGACGCACAGGGAAUCCCAGGAAACAACCCAGAUAUAAAUCAUAAUGGAGCACUUGUACGUGAUUUCAUUCAUUACACAGGACUGAAUUUGGUUAACAGUGAUCAAGCUCGGUGUUCAGGUGUCUUUACAAGAGCAACAUUAAACUCUAUUUCUUGUCUAGACCUAGUGUUAGAGGAUAAUAAAGUGGGGGAGCUAGUCGAAGAACUUUUCAUUGAUGAGAAUAACAAAGUGUUGGGUGGAAGUGACCACUCAGCGUUGUUUGUAACUCUCAAAAAUAAUGUCACCCAACUACCCCAGGAUGAACCUGAAGAGGUUCGUGUACCUAACCCGACAAAAAAGAAUGCUAACAAGUAUGCAGAGCGGCUUGACUCUUUGCUGAAAGAGCAAGACUGGACUAUAAUGGAUAUUAAUGCUCAGUGUGAGUUUUUUAUAUCUUCUGUCAAGAGUGCUGCAAUGCAUUUGGCUGAGUCAAGGCCACAGUUCAAGUACAAGAAACGUUCGUCAGGACCUGAAAUGCUUACUGGAUGCAUGGUUAUGUUUGGUAGCUCCACCUUAAAAGGUAAUGUCAGGUAGCCUAGUACUUCCCUGGUAGGCUGUGGUAAGAUACACCUCUGGACUCUGAUCCUGCCACGCCU